AUGGAGAACUCGGAGUUCGCUGCAUACGUCCUGCGAGCCGGCAGCCACUGCGCCGAUGCCCUCAACGCCAUGUCUGAAAUCGCCGCAGUAGAGGAGAAGAUUGAAGUGCGUACAUUCCUGCAGAAGACACGCACCCCAUGGGGCCUCCAGGAGAUCUCGAGUGACCAGGGUGCAUCUGGCAACCCCCGAAGCCAGAGUUUCACCUACACCUUUGACAGCGAGACUCUGGGUGACGGUGUCGACAUCUACGUUGUCGAUACUGGCGUUCGCAGUACCCACGCAAUAUUCCAGGUUCCCGGUCCAGAUGGCCAACCCACGAAAAGCCGUGUAACCCCCGGAUUCUCCUUCCUUGAUACUCCCAACCCGACGAAUGAUGGCGAUGGUCAUGGCACUCACUGUGCCGGAACUGCGGCAGGAACUCGGUUUGGUGUCGCGCAGAACGCAAACAUCAUUGCCGUCAAAGUCCUCGGGGAUGAUGGGAGUGGCUCCUCGGCUGACACCAUCGAAGGGAUGAGCUGGAUCAUCAACCGCCACAACCAACGCAAGACGGAGUCCAACUUCAAGGGAUCGGUUAUGAGCAUGUCCUGGGGUCUGUCUUCUGUAUCUCGUACCGUCGACCGUGUCGUCAGGGCCGCUUCUGAUGCCGGUAUCCAUAUCUCCGUCGCGGCUGGCAACGAUGGGGCCGAUGCUUGCCAAAACACUCCCGCCAGCAACGGUGGCCAGAACUCCGCGGUCGUCAGCGUCGGUGCCAUGAACAUCAACAACCAAAUCGCUUCCUUCUCGAAUAUCGGAAAGUGCGUGGAUAUCUAUGCACCCGGCGAGGACGUUCUCUCCUCCUGGAUCGAGAUCAACGGCCAGCCCUCUGAUGAGGCUCUCAACUUCCUCGCUGGCACUUCGAUGGCUUGCCCCCACGUCUCUGGUGUUAUGGCCUACUUGCUCGGCUUGGAAGAGAACGCCAGCCUGCGCCAGGACCCCGCGGCUUUGAAGGCUCGUCUUCUCAGCCUGGGCCGCGAAAACACGCUUCGCGGCCAGACGGGCGGCAGCGCCAACCUGCUCCUCAGCAACGGAGCGAAUGGAAGCCCCAACUCGACGCUGCAAGCGCGCGAUGACCAGUUCCUGGACAAGCGCUUCAACUUCAUUGUCGCCUCGGAGAAGACACAGCUCAGGUACUAA